ACCCGCACGUAGCAUCAUACAAUCCUCAAUCGAAGAUACCAAAGGCUCUCUCUCCCCCCCUCUCUCUCUCUCUCUCUCUCUCUCUCGUUGGUCCUUACCCGGGAGAGAGAGCAAUCACAUGCCAAGUUGCCACCUUCCCAAGAAACCGUUUUGUUCCAUCUCUUACUUGCUGCCGAGUGUUUAUAGUCUCUCUUACAUGUAGAGUAUAGACACAAGGGUUUCAACUCGAGGAAAAAAUAUGUCUGUGAAGUUAUCGACGUGGUUUGUGAGCGAGGGGAUCGGCGGAUUGAGCUGCAAGCACUCGGCUGUGCGCUUUUUCUUACCUCGUCGCUCACUUCCUGCUUCCUGCAAAAUGCGUCAGCGUAAUUUUAGUUCCCAGCAUAAAAAACAACAAUUGAAGAAAGCCUCUCAUGAACGGACUUCAACAAAUGCAGAUUUCCAGGCAAAUGGUGACGAGGAGUCUGAAACCGAAAAUGCUUCAAUUAUUAAUGUUCCAAUUUUGAGCCAGGAAAUUAUAUCUACUGAUGAUGUUGACACUGGCAUAGCUAUAGAGCAUAUCAAUGCAGAGGAGUUGAGUGGCCCGACUGUACCCGAUGAACAAAAAUCUUUGGCUAUAAACAUAAGUGGUGACAAGCAACUUUCGGGUGUUCAACAAGAGGACUUAAUUGGCAUGAUAAGAUAUGCAGAAAAAAAUGUCAUUCUUUUAAAUCAAGCCCGAGUGAGUGCACUUGAAGAUCUUGAAAAGAUUGUCACUGAGAAGGAGACACUGCAAGGAGAGAUCAAUACUUUGGAGACGAAACUGGCAGAAACUGAUGCCCGGAUUAAAGUUGCUGCCCAAGAAAAGAUACGUCUGGAACUCCUGGAAGACCAGUUAGAGAAGCUGCAGAAUGAACUGGCUCACAGGGAUGUUAGUGAGUUAAGUGAGAUUGAUAUGAAUGAGAAUCAUCACAAACUUUUGCAUCAUGAAGGCUACGUACUAGAUACUAGUAGUGUUAGUUCUGUUAGCAAGGAGCUUAACUCAUUGAGGGAAGAGAAUAUCUCCCUCAAGAAUGAUAUAGAAGUACUCAAGACUGAGCUUAGUGAUGUCAAGAACACAGAUGAGCGCGUGCUUAUACUGGAAAGAGAACGCUCAUUGCUGGAGUCUUCCUUGAAAGACUUGGAGUCUAAACUCUCUGUUUCUCAGGAAGAUGUUUCCAAACUUUCCACUCUGAAAGUUGAAUACAAGAGCUUGUGGCAGAAGGUAGAAAAUCUACAGGUAUUGUUAGAUAAGGCAACAAAACAGGCAGAUCAAGCUAUUAUAGUAUUGCAGCAAAACCAAGAGCUCCGGAAGAAGGUUGAUAAACUGGAAGAAUCCCUUGAAGAAGCUAAUGUCUAUAAGCUCUCAUCAGAAAAAUUGCAACAAUAUAAUGAACUAAUGCAACAAAAAAUCAAAGUGUUGGAGGACCGUCUUCAAAGGUCUGAUGAAGAGAUUAAUUCCUGUGUACAAUUAUAUCAAGAAUCAGUGAAGGAAUUUCAAGAUACACUUCAUAGUUUGAAAGAACAGAGCAAGAAAAGGGCAGCAGAUCAAUAUGUGGAUGACAUGCCUUUGGAAUUUUGGAGCCGCUUAUUGCUUAUAAUUGAUGGUUGGUUGCUUGAGAAAAAAGUAUCAACCAAUGAUGCAAAUUUAUUGAGAGAAAUGGUAUGGAACAGAGAUGGACAAAUUUACAAUGCGUACAUGGCAUGCAAGGAAAAGACUGAACGGGAGGCUAUAACUACGUUUCUCAGGCUGAUAUCAUCACCAACACGUCCAGGAUUACAUAUCAUUCAUAUUGCAGCAGAGAUGGCACCGGUUGCUAAGGUGGGUGGUUUGGGGGAUGUUGUAAGUGGUCUUAGCAAAUCUUUACAGAAAAGGGGACACUUUGUGGAAGUUGUUCUUCCAAAAUAUGACUGCAUGCAAUAUGAUCGAAUUCGUGACUUAAGGGCCCUAGAUGUGAUGGUAGAAUCAUACUUUGCCGGCCGGCUAUUCAAAAAUAAAAUCUGGGUCGGCACUGUUGAAGGUCUUCCAGUUUAUUUAAUUGAGCCUCAUCAUCCUGAAAAUUUCUUCUGGAGAGGACAAUUUUAUGGCGAGCAUGAUGAUUUCAAACGUUUUUCUUUUUUUAGCCGUGCAGCGCUUGAGUUACUUCUUCAAGCUGGCAAGAAACCAGACAUAAUUCAUUGCCAUGAUUGGCAGACAGCUUUUGUUGCUCCACUUUAUUGGGAUUUAUAUGCCCCUAAAGGAUUGAACUCAGCUAGAAUAUGUUUUACAUGCCACAACUUUGAGUACCAAGGGACUGCUCCUGCUUCAGAAUUGGCAUCCUGUGGUCUCGAUGUCCAUCAGCUAAAUAGACCAGAUAGAAUGCAAGAUAACUCUGCACAUGAUAGGGUCAAUCCUGUUAAGGGUGGAAUUGUGUUUUCCAAUAUUGUGACAACAGUAUCACCUACUUAUGCACAAGAGGUGCGGACUGCUGAGGGAGGAAGAGGUCUUCAUUCAACCCUUAAUUCUCACUCCAAAAAGUUCAUUGGAAUUCUAAACGGAAUUGAUACUGAUGCAUGGAAUCCUGCCACUGAUACAUUUCUCAAAGUCCAGUACACUGCAAAUGAUCUUCAAGGGAAAGCAGAAAAUAAGGAAGCUAUGCGAAGGCUUCUACAGCUUUCUUCAGCAGAUAUCAAGAAGCCACUGGUAAUUUUGUUUUACCAAAUGGUAGGCUGCAUAACAAGAUUGGUUCCACAGAAAGGUGUACAUCUUAUUAGACAUGCAAUAUAUCGAACAUUGGAGUUGGGAGGACAGUUUAUACUUCUUGGUUCAAGCCCAGUCCCACAUAUUCAGAGAGAAUUUGAGGGUAUUGCAAACCAUUUUCAGAAUCAUGAUCACAUUCGGUUGAUAUUGAAGUAUGAUGAGUUUCUUUCCCAUUCCAUAUAUGCAGCUUCUGAUAUGUUCAUCAUCCCAUCUAUCUUUGAGCCAUGUGGCCUUACACAGAUGAUAGCCAUGAGAUUUGGUUCUAUACCAAUUGCAAGAAAAACGGGUGGUCUGAAUGACAGUGUUUUCGACAUUGAUGACGAUACAAUUCCUCUCGAAUUUCGAAACGGAUUUACAUUUUUGACACCUGAUGAACAGGGUGUAAACAAUGCUUUGGAACGUGCAUUUAACCUCUACAAAAAUAACCCUGACAUUUGGAAGCAGUUUGUUCAGAAGGACAUGAAUAUAGAUUUUAGUUGGGACUCUUCGGCAGCACACUAUGAGGAACUCUACUCAAAGUCUGUUGCAAGAGCAAGGGCUGCAAUUCAGACUUAACUUUGCUUGCUGACAAUAAUUCACAUCCUCUUUGGUGAAAGGCUUGUUCGUACAAGCCCGCCCAUUCGAGCAUAUGUAUAGAGGUGGAGGUGAAAUUGGAAUGCUUGAUUCAGGGAUGUUUGAAGUGGGACAGCCCCUCUAGCAAGCGGGGCGUGCAGCAUGAGAGUAAAUAGCAUAGAGUUUUAUGGCUUUGACGAGGUUGAGAGCUGCAAUGUUGGUGGAUUUCACGUUCCUUGCCCCUUCUCCUAACUUCCCAACUUCUUCCUCCAUUUUAUAUGCUAUUCACUUUAUCAUAAAAGCAACCUACCCCGGUACAGUAGAUAUUUAUAUGAGGUUCUCAUAUUCUUUUUAAGACCUUUAAUGUAUACCUGCUUUCACAGGAGUUCGAGUGUGCAAUAUCUUUUAUGCUUUCAAUGUAAUAUAAGACAGAUUCGAUAUAGAAAAAUAACGAGCUCAUUGCUCAAGUUAAACA